GCAGGAUAAGUUUCUGAGAAGUGAACACUGUGAGCAAGCCAGAUCAGAGAAACAUGUGAUAUCCUACAUGGUUUCAUGAAGAACAACUUCAGGAAUAACUGGUCUAACCUUGUGUUUGGGAUUUUCCUUUUUUUUUGUGUGUGUGUGUACAUUGCUGAAACCUCUGAAGCUUUUAGAGCAGUUUGUGAUGAAACUCUAGGUGGAUUCUAGCAACUAAGCACAAGUUCAUGGUUGAAAAAUAAUCAGUCCUGGAGACACUGAUAUUGUUAUAUGGUUUCACUCGCCGAUUAGACGGCACUCUGCGCUGCACCCAGGACAUCUAACUGUUAAAGGAAGUAACGGUUACUGUUUAAAGGGAUCAUCUACAAGUCCAUAGAAAAUCCUAUUAGAAGAUCCUAUUAUGAAGAAAACAAAGACAUUAAAUGAAUUGAGGCAUCUGGAGGAGUCUGGAUUUGGUCAACGUUAUCCAAGACACGGCCUCAAGCUGCUUUACUGGUUUGCUAAUGACUGUGUGUAUUUUGAUGACUACAAUAACAUGUGCUGGAUGUACGACCCAGAGGAAGGAUAUUUUGAUUUCCACUUGUUCAGAAACAGAACUGAGAAAAAUGGUGAGAAACUCCUGCCUGAUGUGUACCUUGACUACUACGAGGUGGGCAAUCUGAGCAGACCAGAAGCAGACGACCUGCCAGAUUACGUUCUGGAAGAUUACAACCAAGACCCUGAUGACUGUGAGAGCAACAUGGAGCGCAUCAUAUUCAGUGUUGAUGAUGAGUGUAUUGACAGAGUCUAUGUGACUGAGCACAGUGAUCAGGCAGAUUUCAACAAGGAAGCCACCUUCAGCAUCAGCAGGGGUCUGAUUACAAUUAUCAGGCGGCUGACUUUAGAGGACUUCCUCGAAAAAACUGGAUAUUACACAGAAGAAGAGGACUCCGAUCAGGAACCUGAGUAUUGGACACCGCAAGAUAACUUUGCUCCGUGUUUUCAAUGUGUGGUCAGUCAAUUGAGUGACCACCAGCAAGUGGACCCUCAUCUGAAUUCUGGAGGUUUAGAACCGGUUGUAGAAGGAGACAAUGAAGAAUCGUCAAACAUGCAAUUGAGUGACCACCAGCAAGUGGACCCUCAUCUGAAUUCUGGAGGUUUAGAACCGGUCGUGAAAGAAGACAAUGAAGAAUCUGAUUCCAAUUUUAUGAAUUACGAACCUAAAAACUGCUGCAAAUGUAUCAUACUUUAAACUCGGUUAUAAAUUAGAAAUUGUUAAACUCAGACAAAGUGUACAGAUACAGUAGGGCCAUACAAAACAAACCCAAAUACAUAAAAAACACGGCAAAAAAAGUUCAAGGGCUUGGAAAAAAAAAAACAGGGUCGGAAAAUGAGGCAAAUCAAAAUCCAGAUAAGCAGUAAUGGUACAACAGAAACAGAACACUAAACAUAUACUUUGCAAACUAUUUAACACACAAGAGUUUAAAUAAACACAUAAAUCAGGAUGUAAACCGAGGGUUUUUUUUUUAAGGUUGUCAGACUGUCCUCAGCUCGGACAUAGCAGAAUGCAGAGGAUGGAACAGAGAAGCCACGAUUGCUUGCACUCUGACUGUGUCUGUGGCUCAGGGAUGAAGACCACAAGGUUAGAUUCUAUCUGUGGAUCUUGAGGACUCUGGCCUCCAGUUUGGACUGUGCUCUGACUGUCUGUCACUCAGGAGUGAAGGUCACUAUAUUGACCUCUGACUGUAGGAACCACAGCUACUGUUCUUCUUUGGGCAUCAGGUACAAGAGACUCAAAAUAGAUUGGGCCCAAAGUAUGAACCCAAAGAGCAGGUCCUCAUUAUUUGAGAGACAACAACAUAAAUAAAUAAAAAACACACAUGGCUGCAUAAACAAAGCAGCGAAUACACUGAAUAAAUGCUGACAUGAGCGCUGUAGACCUUCCAUUGUUUUAUCCUCUGAUAAUUCCAUAAUGUUUUGGUUCACUGUCACAUUAAGAAGAAGACGAAGCAUUUCACAUACACAUUACAGCACAGUGAAAUUCUUUUCACAGCAAGAGGACACACAUCUGAGUAAUUAUCUGUAUAUUCAGGACCAGGUGAAAACUGGCCCCCUGGUGGUCCAGCUGCAGAAUCCUGCGCUCUCGUCGGCACAGCCUGGGGUCAAUUUCUGGGCAGGGAACUACCCCAGCCACAGAGGGGUUAAUUCUCAGUGCCAGUCUCUAGCCCAGAUAAAAUGGCAGGGGUUGCAUCAGGAAUUUUCCCAAAUCAAAUAGACAGACUAGAUCAUCUGUACACAAAGCAGCCAAAAGAACAAGUUGUGGCUGAUCUGAAAACUGCUGCAAAUGUAUCAUACUUUAAACUCUGGGUAUAAGUGAGAAAUAUUGAAACAGCAGAGACGAACAGAAAGCCAGGUCCUUGAAAACUCUAUGAAGAAUGUUCAGGCCAUUGGCAAACAGCCCAGACUGCACAAAAAAGCAGUACAGAGUGCACAAAAACAAGCAGCACAGCUGAGAUACAGUAACUAGGAAAACGAAACUCAGUUAUGAACAUGAACAGAUGCUAACUUGGUCCCUCCCACAGUCAGAGGCAGGAUAAGUUUCUGUUUCCUGAGAAGUGAACACUGUUAGGAAGCACAGAAACAUGUGAUAUCCUACAUGGUUUCAUGAAGAACUUCAGGAAUAACCGGACUAACUUUGUUUUAUCUAAAAACAAGGAUUUUCUUUUUUUUUGCAGUGUGGAAUGUAUUUCAGCAAUGUACACAAAGUACCUCUGAAGCUUUUAGAGCAGUUUGUGAUGAAACUCUAGGUGGAUUCUAGCAACUAAGCACAAGUUCAUGGUUGAAAAAUAAUCAUUCCUGGAGACACUGAUAUUGUUAUAUGGUUUCACUCGCCGAUUAGACGGCACUCUGCGCUGCACCCAGGACAUCUAACUGUUAAAGGAAGUAACGGUUACUGUUUAAAGGGAUCAUCUACAAUUCCAUAGAAAAUCCUAUUAGAAGAUCCUACUAUGAAGAAACCAAAGACACUAAAUGAAUUGAGGCAUCUGGAGGAGUCUGGAUUUGGUCAACGUUAUCCAAGACACGGCCUCAAGCUGCUUUACUGGUUUGUUAAUGAAUGUGUGUAUUUUGAUGACUACAAUAACACGUGCUGGCAGUACAACCCAGAUGAAGGAUAUUUCGGAUUUCACCUGUUUAAAAACAGGACUGACAUUUAUAAUGAGAAACUCCUGCCUGAUGUGGACCUUGACUACUACGAGGUGGGCAAUCUGAGCAGACCAGAAGCAAAUUACUUGCCAUAUUAUGUUCUGGAAGAUUACAACCAAAACCCUUAUCACUGUGAGAGCAACAUGGAGCGCAUCAUAUUCAGUGUUGAUGAUGAGUGUAUUGACAGAGUCUAUGUGACUGAACACAGUGAUCAGGCAGAUUUCAACAAGGAAGCCACCUUCGGCAUCAGCAGGGGUCUGAUUAAGAUGAUCAGCCGGCUGACUUUAGAGGACUUCCUCGAAAAAACUGGAUAUUACACAGAACAAGAGAACUCCGAUCAGGAACCUGAGUAUAGGACACCGCAAGAUAACUCUGCUCCAGUUUUUAAACGUGUGGUCAAUCAAUUGAGUGACCACCAGAAAGUGGACCCUCAUAAUAACUGGAGCAAAUGUAUCAUACUUUAAACUCAGUUAUAAAUGAGAAAUAGUUAAACUCAGACAAAGUGUACAGGUAUUAAAUUAAACGCAGUGAUUUCGGUUAGUUCUAAGAAAAUCUACAGCUUAUCUUAUCCCUUGUUCUGUCUGUAACCCUUCAUAUCAGUGGUUUAUGUAGUAAGUCCAUGCUAUGACACAGUAUUAGGCAGCAGGGACGAACACAAGGCCAGGUCCUUAAAAGCCUUAUGAAGAAUGUUCAGGACCAAAAAUGAAUCCGUCCUGCAGACACACUGCUAAUGUACCUUCAAUUCCAUUCCAAAGUGAAAUAUUAAGGUUUUUUUUCCUUUCUGUUGAUAUUUUGCUGAACUGAAGAUUACACAUUGUUGUUUAAAUUGUUUUUGUGAAUAUUUUUUACAUUUGAAUUCAGUUUUAUUAUAUAACUUACUCUCUCUAUCUCUCUCUUUAAUUCAUAGAUCAUUAUAUCAACACGACAAAAACAAUCAUUAAAAUAGUUGAAUGGAAAAUUUACUUAUUAAAUAAGAAGAAAAUGAA